AAGUUAACGCCCAAACAGAAGUUUCUCUCUACACGCCAACCACUUUCCACAAACAACACAGACUUCUCGGCAGACAUGGCCUCAGCCUGCAGCCUCCCGUGUGAAGAACAGCUCCUGUGUUCCAUCUGUCUGGAUGUGUUCACUGAGCCUGUCUCUACUCCAUGUGGACACAACUACUGCAAGACUUGUAUCACAGGGUACUGGUCCAGCAGCAACCUGAUACAGUGUCCCCUCUGUAACAAGAAGUUCCGCAAGAGACCACAGCUUCAGGUCAACACAGGGUUCAGAGAUAUGGUGGAGCAUUACAGCAACAUGAGGGUGAGUGGGGAAGAUGAGACACCUGCCACACCAGGGGAGGUGACCUGUGACAUCUGCCUUGAGCCGAAGCUCAGGGCCCAGAAGACGUGUCUGGUGUGUUUGGCCUCGUACUGCCAGCUUCACCUGGAGCCUCAUCAGAGAGUCAAAACCCUGAAGAAGCACCAGCUGAUCGAGCCUGUGUCAAACCUGGAGGACAGAGUGUGUAAGAAGCACGACAAGAUGUAUGAGCUCUUCUGUCGCCAAGACCAGAAAUGUGUUUGUUUCAUGUGCUGUAAAGACGACCAUGUAACACAUGAAGCUGUCCCAUUAGAGCAGGAGUUCAGAGAGAGGAAAGCCCAGCUGGACAAUUUGACAUUAGAAAUACAAGUAAUGGAAAAUUCUAAAUCUGGGAAUAUUAGAGAAAUCAAACAUUUUCUUAAACAGAGCAGGAAAGAUUCAGAUAAAGAGAUAGCAGACAUCGCUGAGGUUUUCACUGCUCUGGUGGUCUCUCUGCAAAGCAGCCAGGCUGAGCUGAUCCAGGUGAUCCAGGAGAAGCAGAAAGCAGCAGAGAAGGAGGCUGAAGACCGUGUGACUCAGCUGGAACAAGAAAUCAAUGAGUCAAGGAGGCGAAGAUCUGAAAUUGAGCAACUUUUACAAACAGAGGACCACCUCCUCCUCCUGCAGAGCUGGCCAUCUCUCCAAUACUCUGCACUGAGUGAGGAGUUAUAUGAGGCUCCGCCCUUAUUUGCACUAGACAUUUUUGAAAUCCGUCAACAGAAUUAUGUGGGAAUGGUGAAAAAAGCUGUGGCUCAGAUGGAAAAGAUACUCAAUAAUGAGAUGCAGAUGCUUGUUAAUAAGGUCAGGUUAUCUGAUGAUUGUGAGGCUGAUGAACAGUCUGAUACAGAUGAAGACCUGAUGAUUGGCAGGCAUUUUAAAGAAGAGUGGACUCCUCCUCAGGACAAGAUGACGAUGAUCCAGCAGAACGAUGCGGUGGAUGUGACUCUGGACACCUACACUGCCAAUCCCAUUCUUGCAGUGUCUGACGAUGGGAAACAGCUGACAUUUAAUAAAGGCCCACCAGCUGCACCUUCACUGUUCGUGAGAAGAUUUCUACGUGAACCUUACGUCCUUGCCACAGAGGGGUUUUCCUCUGGCAGGUUCUACUAUGAAGUUCGGGUCAGUGGGAGUAAAGGAUGGCUCUUGGGAGUGGCCAAAGAGUCUAUUCGCAGGGAUAUUUCCUUCUCUCCCAACCCAGAAAUGGGAUGCUGGACCAUUCGUGCAAAGCAGGUGUUCGGUGUGGAAGAAAUUUUGUCUUAUCCCCGCACACCCCUGUACCUGAGGCAAAACCCAAAGACAGUCGGUGUGUUUGUCGAUUAUGAGAAGGGAGAGGUCUCCUUCUAUGACGUGGAUGCCAGGACUGUGAUUCACUCCUACACAGGAUUAAACUUCAUGGAGAGCCCACCAAUUCUGAAAUCUCUUCUCUAUUCUAUGGCUGGCACAUCUGCUAGUAGCAGACCAAAGCUCUACCCUUUCUUUGGUAUCUUUGACCAACACGAUGACAACAUGCUCAAAAUCACUCCUGUAGCCUACACAAUUUAAAGUUGCCACAUACAUAAGGUGGAAUAAAUGUGGAACUAGGGUGAGGGAAAGGUUUUCUCAUGUCAGAUUUUGCAUUUCAUGUGGAUUUUAUGUGCAAAAUCUCUGUUUGAUUCUAUUUGUUUUUAGAAUUGGGGCACACACAUAGUUCAGUAUAUUUUUUGCAGCAGUGACAUAUUAACACAGUAUAAACAGUAGCAAUAUCUAGUGCCUCAGUACCUGUUAUCUGUGUAAUGACAAUAAAGUUGAAUAUAAUAUUAUAAUCUCACCUAAUAUAAUAUAAUCGUACAGUAUUAGUAUCACACAUAACAAAACGAAAAUAAAACUCAUUGUUAUACAUGUAUAAUUCAAGCUUUUUAUAUUUUACAGCCUAAUUGCAAAAGCUUUGAACUGAAUUAAGCAGCUUAAGAUCACUUUCCAAACAGUGAUAUGGUUAUAAUUUCAAGUCGUGUAGAGAGUUUGAUUUGUUAUAUUCUUUAUUUACAUACGUGUUGCAAUAUCUGCAUCUGACAAGCAGAUGGCACCACUGUUUAAAUAUUUUAGCAGUCUGUUUCUCAAAGGUGCUGUAGGAGGAAACAAUGACAUUAUAAGACCCUUUGUCACUUUCCUUUUGAUAUACAGUUUAGGUCUAAGGGCUUAUUCUCUAAUCUAGUCAAUUUUUUAUUACAACAAUGCAAAAUAUCUGGUUUAAGUUUGCCAAAAAUGAAUAUUUGCUCUUUUUCUCACGCUUAUAUGAUAGUAAACUAAAAUAUUUCACUGUUGAACUGUUGGAUAAACAAAAUAUGCCACUUAAAUAUGCUUAUUUGGGCUUUAUGAAGUUGUGAUGGACAUUUUUCAAGGUCUUCUGUCAUUUAUCAGACCAAAUGAUUAGUCAAGAAAAUAAUCAGAAGAUUAAUUGAUAAUGAAAAUAUAAAAACUCUUACCUUUUAUUACCUUAUGCUGUCAAUAAUCUUGUACAUCAGUGACUUCUUUGAAUAGUAUUAUACUUUAUACUUAAGAGCAUGUUAUAUGUAUCCUUUUGUUUUGAUCGCUGUAUAUGAAACCUAGUGACUUCAUUGUUCACAUUCGACUCAUUCUACUUUCAUCUGGCAAGUUUUGCCACAACAUAUCUGAUAAAUGAGCGUGAAAACCAGGCAUUUGAUAUGUGUGCGUGCAUGUGAUAUGUAAUUUACAGCUUAAUAAAAGUAACUGAAAAAUUAACCCCUUUUAGUCUGAUAAAAUGCAAAAGAAAACACCGGUAAAAACUUGUCACUCAUCAGGAUAGCAGAAACAUUUCAGAAGGGAGCGCUGGUCCACCACUACUGGAGUUCUUCUCUCAGGGGAAACUUUAGCCAGCAGACUAUUUAUACCUCAGCUGUCUGACUGACUGGCGCCCUGGGAACUGGGACACUGUGUGAGUGAGUGUGUGUGUGUGUGUGUGUGUGUGUGGUCAGUGUUUAGCUGGAAAGAUUUCUUUAGGAUGAUGUGUAAUUGUGUGUG